AUGGACUCUGAUUAUAUCAUGAUUCUCAUCAGGACGGUGAGGACAUUGAUUCCCAGAUGUCGUUGAAACUGGAGUUUGUGUACGAUCCGAACUUCAAAAACCAUGUGAAUUACUCACACACCGCUGUCCAGAUCCCCACAGACAUCUACAAAGGCGCUCCGGUGAUCCUGAACGAGCUGAACUGGACGCAAGCGUUAGAGCGAGUCUUUAUAGAGAACAGCAGAGACGACCCGUCGUUGCUCUGGCAAGCGUUUGGAAGCGCCACCGGUGUCACGAGAUAUUAUCCAGCUGCUCCCUGGAAAGCGCCGGAUAAGAUUGACCUUUAUGAUGUACGACGACGACCCUGGUACAUUCAAGGAGCAUCCUCGCCCAAAGAUAUGGUCAUCCUCGUAGACGUGAGCGGCAGUGUCAGUGGACUUACUCUCAAACUGAUCAAAGCUUCGGUCACAGAGAUGCUCGACACACUCUCCGACGAUGAUUACGUCAAUGUGGCCAGG